ACCCAGCAACAUCUAUCUACCUGCCUAGGUACCUCGUUAUAGGGCAUAUCUCUCCGCGCCAAGCACAUUUUAACCGGUAAAGCAUCAUGGGCUUCCUCGAAUUUAUAUCCGCUUUGUUCGGAUGGAUAUAUACGCUGUCGUGGUCGUUAUCGUUCUACUCGCAACCACUACUAAAUAUUCGGAGGAAAUCAACCUCCGGAACCACCGUAGAUUUCCCUUUUAUCAACACCCUUGGCUUUCUUGCAUAUCUCAUCUAUAAUACUGUAUUCUACUCGUCGCCAGUUAUUCGACAUCAGUAUGCUUUACGAAAUAAUGGUCACACGCCAACCGUCGCAGUUAACGAUAUUGUCUUUGCUGCUCAUGCCUUUGUUGUCUGUGCUAUCUUAACUACUCAGUAUUUCUUACCUGCUAUCUGGGGGUUCGAUCGUGCCCCUGGCGCCCGCCCAUCUCGGCUCAUAUUGGGCGUUGCGAGCGGGUCGUUUGUCGCCGUUGCCGUCAUCAUCCUCGUGGUGCUAUCCACGCCUUCAGAUGCAGACCCUAGGACUUCGUGGGCAUGGCUAGACGUUAUCUAUACCAUCUCGUACGUCAAGCUGCUCAUCACUCUUGUUAAAUACGCACCGCAGCUGGUGUACAACUUCAAGAAUCACAGCACAAAAGGGUGGAGCAUCUGGCAGAUACUGCUAGAUUUCCUGGGUGGCAUGUUGAGUAUCGCACAGUUGGUGAUAGAUUCUUGGCUACAGGGCGACUGGUCUGGGGUCACGGGCAACCCAGUCAAAUUUGCACUGGGAAAUGUCAGUAUGCUCUAUGAUCUCGUGUUCAUGACCCAGCACUACAUACUCUACCGUGACGAUGGUUCGGCAAAGAAUAGUGAGGAAGAUUCGCUUCUUGAGAGAGGCGAUGGUCGUCGAAGAUUAGACUAAGCCUAUGUUGGGCGAACAAUAUCAAACCCCAUCCGGUAUAGCCGAAUUGCUAUUCGAAGUCUUCAAACUUGAGCGUAUUCUAUGGCGGGUAUUCGAAGCUUGUCGAGCCUCCUUAAAGAAAAUAUUAAUGAAUUCGUUUAAGUAGAGGAUGGGGGAUCUACACCUUUAAUGCACGUUGAUUCUGGAUUGGAAAUUGCAAAGGCGAGGUAGAGUAUGGCAAGCGGAAGGUUAUGUUUAGAUUUUUCAACAUAAGAAACUCCUUGAAGCUCGAAGGCCAUGCAUGAUGUACGCUCCUGGAAAUUAAUAAAACCCUGACUGGCGUAAAGAUUCCAAAACUACUAUUAAAGCCAGUCGCUGAAGCAUUGAUUACUGGUCUUGAUAUCCAUGUUCAACAAGAAUUAGUUGAGCUAUAUAUACCGGAAGAGCCCCAGGGAUGUUUUCAUUGCUAGUUUCACUUUGCUAAGCCGCUGGAUCAACCUGGUAUGAAAAAAAGGUAGCUGACAGGACUGGCGGGAAAAUUAGUAUAAAGAUAUGACUACAAGUGUAUUGU